AUGCCUGCUCCUACAAGCCCGUAUUUCCUCGGCUCCAACGACGAUCAACUCGAACGCGCCGCCGCACGCGCCGCUCGUGCCGCCGCUUUCCGUCGGAAGCCCGUCGAAGUUCAUCUUUCUCGAAAUUCUCUCUCCUCUGACUCUUGCCUUGACCGCCAUCAAAUUAUGGAGCUGUUCCAUAAUUGCGUUAAGCUUGCCAGUGAAAACUUUUUGUUUUUUAUUUUUAUUUAUUUCUGGAAAUUGCAGAAAAUUAAUCAGAAAAAUACGUGGGAGCUGAAGUUGAUUGAUCAUCUUAGUGAGAUAAUUGAAGGAUUUGAAGCUGAAUCAGAAAACAACAACGCUGAAACUAAUUUCCAGAAGGCAAGUUGUACUCUGGAAACCGGGGUGAAGAUUUAUGCUGUGAGGGUGGAUGCAUGGCAUGCUGAUGCUUAUAGAGUCCUGAAUGGUAUAAGCAGAGCUGGUCAAGAAGAUGAGGAAGGUUCGAUGCGCAAUACAUGUUCUCUGGUCAGCUUCUUGAUUUUGUAUUUGUUGACAGAAACUUUAAUUAGAGGAGAUGUAAUCGGUAAAAAGAGAGAGGAAGGCAGGCCUCCUGUAAAGGAAGUUGAGAGAAAGGUUUCACCUUUGUCAACAGUGGAAUCAUCCUUUGAAACUUUGAAUGCUAAGAAGCUUGAUGUUGCAUUUGCAGUGGAUCCUCUGUAUUAUCAGACGUCUGCACAGUUUGACGAAGGUGGGGCGAAGGGUCUCCUUCUAUGUAAUCUUGGAGUGUAUGGAGGGUGCAGGGUACUGUUUGAUUCCCAAGAAUUCCCAGCAAGGUGCAUAUCACCUACAAAUGAUAGUACUACUGAUCUGGUUGAUGUCUCUUUUGCUAAAGAAUAUAUUGAGCUAAUGGCGGCAAACUUGCAUCAGAAGCAAGAUGUAUCUCCUAGCCUUGGAGUUUUAAUGAAGCAGCUUAACUUGCCAUCAACGACAUUUGAUGGCGCUGAGCCCAUUGUCAAUGGAAAUGUAAUUGAAUCAGAUAAAGCUGAUUUCAAUGUGGAAAAGGAAUGUUUUGGCACCAGUGAUGCAACUGAGGAUAUUGGGGUUAUGUUCGAUGGCAGUCCUUGUGAUGAUUCUGGGGCAUGGUCUGCAAAUCGUUAUCAUGAAACAGAUGUUUCUGAAAACUAUAAUGAAGAACCAGGGCCAGUGCAUUUUGUGCUUGAUGAACCUGUUGUAAGAGACAACAUUGAGAAUAUUGCAUGGCUUUUUUUCAAAGGACUGAGAUGUAAAUCAGCAUGUAAUGCAUGGGCUGGACCUGACCACUGGACAUAUUCAAAACCUGAUGCAUUCAUCUCUAAAAAAAUUUGUAAGAGUUUUUCAGCUCAGGACAACAGGCCAAAUUGUGCUUCUAAGAGACCAAAACGUAAAAGUUUAUUGGAAUCAGAUAUUGACUUCACUAGAAGUUUGGAUGAGGAAGUGCCUGAUCUAUGUGUUCCUGUGAAAAGUCCCAAGUCUUUGCUUCUUUCAAGUAAAAAAGUUUCCUGUUCAAACAAACUUCCAGAGGAUUGCCAUUAUCAACCGGAGGAUCUUGUGAAAUUAUUUCUUCUUCCAAAUGUCAUGUACCUUGGGAAGAUUAAAAGAAGAGUUUCAGGGCAUGAAUCUUUGCUGCAAGUAGAUGAUGUUGAUAGUACAUUUUCUUCAUGGGACCAUGAAAUUACAGUUGAUGGCCCAGACAAUGAUUACAUUUACAGAGAUGCAGAAGAUGACACCUUUGUUUUUGAGCCUCGCAAGGUUGAUAAAAUUGAAGUCGAAUAUGACACAACUUCAAAACAAAUUGAUGUGCAUUUGCUGAAGGAGACACUUUGGACCCUUGUGCAAGAUUCUAUUCAGACUGCUGAAGUGGAGGUGCAUGGAGAUGCUGCAUCUUUCAGACAUGUAUUAACCGCUUUUCCUGAUGAAUGCAAAGCUGCUUCAACCCAUGAUAUUUCCCCUCAUCUAUGUUUCAUCUGCCUUCUGCAUCUCGCGAAUGAACAUGGACUAACUAUUGUAGGGAACCCCAGUUUGGAUGACCUCAGUAUACAUCUUCCCAUUGCAUGUGAUGAAACAGGUGAAGUGAUACAAGCAUCAUCUUAGUCAAAAUGUCUGUAUAAGUCACAAAGUGUGUACAUAAGGUUGAUUUUAGUUGUAGUAUUGUCUCAUCAACUUAAAAAUUUAGAGAUAGGAGAGCAGCUAACAGAGGGCCAUUAGAAUUGUGUGUCACUUGCAUCUUAACGUUUGCUUUUGAUGCAGUUUAGCAAAUGCAUGUACAGAUCCUGAUACCGUUUCUCUACAUUAAUGUAUAACUGUUUUCAGGCUAGAUUUGUUCCUUUCUUGUCUAUGGUUCAUCCUUUUUCUUGACUUCUCAGACAUUAUCAUAGAUUCAUAGGACCUUAUGGAAUCAGUAUGUAUCAGAAUUGUUUU